CUCAGCACCGCGGACAGCUCCAGUCUCCUGCCUCUGGACUGCAGGGAAGCGACGAUAAUGCACAGCUGGAUGAAGGAAAAAAAAAAUCAAAUCAAUCCAUAGAUUGACCUCCAGUUAUCACUGCCAUCGCACAGCAUCUUGUUUUUGUCCCCUCUUCCUCUCCUCGAUGGACUCGUUUCCCGGCCUGACUGUGGAGUCCAACCGCGUUUAACUGCAUUGCCUCUGCGUCUCCAGUGUUUUCCCCCUCCUUCCCUCCCUGUUACUGGCAACCAAAGUGCUUUCUUUUUUUUGGCGAGGGGAGAAGUGGAUCGACCUGCUCGAAGUUCCUCUGAUCGCUUCUGCUCAUGCUCGGCUCCCCGGUUUGUGUUAAGGAGUGGGGUUUCUCUCCGAGCCCGGGAGUGGAUGUUACUUUAGGAUGCAGAAGGAAGAGGAAGUUGAGUAGUUUCGGCUCCGUCGGAAUAUGAGAUAAGCGACCUGCAUCUGCAACAUUGGCUCCAAAACCCCUCAGAUCAGAGUGGCUCAGACGCAAUCUUUGUCUGUGUGUGUGUGGACAACAGCCAGCAAACAAGAUGAGGUGCCUCUAUGACUUUCUAAAUUGCACGUAAGAGAGAGAAACAACACAGAGUGGUUCUUUUUAUUCUGCUACUGCUGCAGGAAGCGACGUUUUCUUUCUCCGGCUGCCCAAACGAGUUUUGCAUCUGAGAGGAGACUCUGGGAAAUCAAAGAAAGCCUAAUUUCUCUCUACACCUAAUAUACAACAAAUAGAAAAUGAAGAAGUUCCGGAAGGUGUUGGACGGCUUGACCACCUCCUCUCCGGGAGGCACUAUGGGAUCCCCAUCGUCCGGCAGCGCGGCCGGGACCCCCACCGCGGCGCCAACUCCUAAGGAAAUCGACAUCCAGGAGACCCUUGUGUCAGAAAACUUUCAGAUGUGUAAGACGGUGCGUCACGGUUUCCCUUACCAGCCAACUGCUUUGGCCUUUGACCCCGUGCAGAAGAUCCUGGCCAUCGGCUCCAGGACAGGCGGCGUGCGGAUACUGGGACGACCCGGAGUGGACUGCUACUGUCAGCAUGAGAGUGGAUCAGCUGUUCUUCAACUGCAGUUCCUCAUCAAUGAGGGGGCGCUGGUCACAGCCUGUGCAGAUGACACGCUUCACUUGUGGAAUCUCCGUCAGAGGCGACCGGCUGUCCUCCAUUCACUCAAAUUCAACAGAGAGAGGAUCACGUUUUGCCACCUUCCCUUUCAGAGUAAAUGGCUGUACGUGGGGACAGAGCGCGGAAACACACACAUCGUCAACAUCGAGUCCUUCAUUCUGUCUGGAUACGUCAUCAUGUGGAACAAGGCAAUAGAACUAUCAACUAAAACUCAUCCAGGCCCUGUGGUUCAUUUGAGUGACUGCCCAAAGGACGAAGGCAAGUUGCUUAUAGGGUUUGAGAGCGGGAUGAUCGUACAGUGGGACCUGCGGGGCAAGAAGGCCGACUUCAGAAUCUGCUACGAUGAGGCCAUCCAUUCAGCCGGCUGGCAUCACGAAGGCAAGCAGUUCAUGUGCAGUCACUCAGACGGCAGCCUGUCCAUGUGGAACCUCAGAAACACCAUCAAGCCAUUCCAGGUCACCUUCCCUCAUGGAAAGAUACAGAAGGAUGGAAGAAAGGAGUCCUGUAAACCCAUCCUCAAAGUGGAGUACAAGACCUCGAGGAGCAGCGAGCCUUUUGUCAUCUUCUCGGGGGGGCUUUCGUAUGACAAGGCAGGGCGGCGGCCAACGCUAACCAUCAUGCACGGCAAGGCCAUCACCGUGCUGGAGAUGGACUAUCCUAUAGUGGAGUUCAUGGCACUCUGCGAGACUCCUUACAACAAUGAGGUCCAGGAGCCUUAUGCAGUGGUGGUGCUUUUGGAGAAGGACUUAAUCGUGGUGGAUCUGACACAGAGCAACUACCCUGUCUGUGAGAAUCCUUACCCCAUGGACAUCCACGAGUCUCCAGUCACCUGCACGGCCUAUUUUGCGGACUGUCCGCCCGACCUUAUCCCCAUCCUCUACUCCAUAGGAGCUAAACACAAGAAGACCGGCUACAGCCAAAAGGAGUGGCCGAUUGCUGGAGGAUUGUGGACAGUAGGCUGCAACACCUACCCAGAGAUCAUUCUCACAGGACAUGCUGAUGGAUCAAUUAAGUUUUGGGACGCAUCUGCAAUCACACUACAGAUGUUGUACAAGCUGAAGACCUCCAAAGCCUUUGAGAAGCCAAAGCCAGUAGAAGGCAGGGCUGCUGACUUGAUGGAGGAAGACCCCUUCGCUGUCCAGAUGGUCAGCUGGUGCCCCCAGAGUCGCAUCUUCUGUGUGGUCGGCAUAUCAGCUCACAUCAUUCUGUAUCGCUUCAGCAAAUAUGAUGCCAACACUCAGAUUACGUCAUUGGAGGUGCGCCUACAGUGUGAGUCGGAGGAUGUCAUCUCUCCGUCCGACAAUGAAAACAACCCCUGCUUCUCUGAGUCCGGCUCCCACUCCCCGCAGACCCACCACCAUCACCCAGCCAGCCCUGGCAGCAAGACCCCCGAGGGGAACAAAGACACCAUCCCCUGCCUUAAGGUGAAGGAGCGGAUGGUCAGGGUCCCUCCUGGCUACCAGGCAGAGCUGGUCAUCCAGCUGCUGUGGGUCGAUGGAGAACCUCCACAACAGAUCACCAGCCUGGACAUCAACUCUGCCUAUGGCCUUUUGGCGUUUGGGAACUGUAAUGGCCUAGCAGUGGUGGACUACUUGCAGAAAACCAUCCUGUUGUGUAUGUCCACACUGGAUCUGUAUGGAGGCACGGACCCUUACCAGCGCCUUACCCGCUCCCCCCGCAGGAACAGACAGUCCACCUCAGACUUUAGCAUGCGUGGCCUGUCUAACUUUUAUUCAGAUUCAAAGAAAAGGAUCCGUACAUCCUAUCAGAGCCUUACGGAACUCUCUGACAACCAGCAGUCCAUUGACAUGGAGAGAAGCAAGUCGCCCACCUCAGUUCAUUACCCAACCUCCCUUCACAAUGACCCACGCGUCCUGCCCGAGCCUGUGGCCAGUCUGAGAGCCAGCCACUGCAGUCCAGUCUUUUACUUGCUGGACAAUGUAAAGGGACCCGGCAGAAAGUUAAGUCUGCCGACAGAUCUUAAGACUGAUCUUGAUCAUGUCAAUGGACAUUGCACUAGCCCCACCUCCCAGCCCUCGGCAGGCAAGCCUCGUGUCCCGAUGGGUCCCGAGGGGCCACGGCUUACCCGCAGAGGCCCUGGCCGACCGCCCUUCCGCAAGGCCCAGUCUGCUGCUUGCAUGGAGAUCUCUUUGCCUGUGUCCCACACUGAAGUAGGUUAUGCGUCCAGGAGGGCAAUGCUUCAGCAGUUUCACGGAGUCACUAUGUACUCCCAUGACGAGCAUCACAGCACCCCCCCCUACAGCUGGACUGACAAAGAGAGUCGUGAAAACUCCUUCAGCCGCUCACGCAGUUCCAGCGUGUCGAGCAUCGACCGGGACACCAAAGAGGCGAUCACCACGCUGCAGUUUGGAGAGUCCUACGGGCGCAAGAAUGACGCCCUGCCCAACCCGUGUCUGUGGGUGGGCACCAGCUUAGGCGUGGCCCUGGUCAUCCCAAUGUCCAUUCCCACAGACCACGAGGAGAGGAUGGAGGUACCAGUGACCAUGGGCCCCAGCGGCACGGUGCUGAUGCUGAAGGGCUCAGUUUUACGAUUUGGCUUCUUGGACUGCAUGGGAUCGCUCAUUCAGAGCCCCUACGAGGUUUGGCGGGACCUCAACGGGCCCGAGGACCCUGACCGCGUGCGGAAGCGCAAGCUGGUCCACUUCUCGCCGUCGUCCUCCCAGGACUCCUGCGGAGAGGGACAUCUGGCUGUGGUGUGCUCCGAGAGGCAGGCCAAAGUCAUCCUGAUGCCCUCGCAGUCCGUCCUCUUCGUCCACAACAUCACCGAGUCGUCCUUCGUGCUGCGCGCCGACGUGGUCUCUGUGAGCAACAGUGUGUGCCUGGCCUGCUUCUGUGCCAACGGGCACAUCAUGACUCUCAGUUUGCCCAGCCUAAGACCGCUGAUGGAUGUCAAUUACCUGCCUCUGACUGAUAUGCGCAUCGCAAGAACCUUUUGCUUCACCAACGGGGGGCAGGCUCUAUACCUCAGCUCCCCCACAGAGAUCCAGAGAAUUACAUACAGCCAGGAGAUGUGUGACAACCUGCAGGAGAUGCUGGGGGAGCUGUUUACACCGAUAGAAACACCAGAGGCCCAGAACAGAGGCUUCCUAAAGGGCUUCUUCGGAGGAAACUCUCAUAACUUCGACAGAGAAGAGCUCUUUGGCGAGGCAUCAGCUGGGAAGGCUUCUCGCAGCCUGGCCCAGCACAUCCCCGGGCAGGCGGGCAUGGAGGGCAUGAAGGUGGCAGCGAGCGGGGUGGUGGGGGACCUGGCCCGGGCGCGCAUCGCUCUGGACGAGAGAGGCCAGCGGCUGGGGGAGCUGGAGGACCGCACCGCCCUCAUGAUGACCAGCGCAGACGUCUUCUCCAAACACGCUCAUGAGCUGAUGCUAAAGUGCAAGGACAAGAAGUGGUACCAAUUCUAAAAACAGGGAGGAGGUCUGAGGCUGCGCUCGGACUGCUGGGAGCUUAACGCCGGUACAGAGACUUUCACUCUACAAAUGAGAGCAAUUAAAAGAGAGACUCAGGAGUGACUUUGUCUUUACGGCUUCUGGACUGGCUGCGGCACUGUCACAUUGUUGAAGGACGGGGACGUGUUGGUUCCUUGUCUAGACAUGUAGUGAUGAGGACAGAAAGGAAUGGCGAUGUUUGAAGAUCUGAAGAUGGAACUGGAAUAAUCCGACAAGUCUGUCUGUGCGUGUGUGUGUGUGCGUGUGUGCGGGUGUGUGUGUGUGGGUGUGUGGGUGUGUGUGUGUAUGUCUGUGUCUGUGUGGUUGGGUUUUCUGGACCUCACUGUGUAGAUACUCAAGAUAAGAAACCAACAUGAAAUGCAUGAAACAAAAUGGAUGACUAUUAAAAAUAUCCAACUGCCAUAUAAUAAAGCAGCAUGCUACUUUAACAGGAGAUACACAAAUACAAAAAAGUUUUAUUUAAUGAUAUAAGCCAACAACAGAACCUAUAAAAAACUUUAUAUUUUUUGAAAUAUUGACAGAAAACUAUAUAUAAAAAGGGAAAUGUAUACCUGCAUUGCUAUUAAGCCAAAACUUGUGUUCCUUUCCCUUUAAUUUUGGUUUGUUUUCAUUAUUUUUUCUUAGUCUCAGCCAAUAUGUAAUGCCACAAUAUAGAUGCACAUAGUACGCUUUCUAUACACACACUUAGAAUAAUGCUCUGUUCUUACUCUGGGCUGCACAGGGCAAACACAAAUCCGUUGUAUUUACACUUACCUCCGCACAGUGUAACCACGCUAAUAUCACUUUUUCGGCUGCUACUUAACAAAAUGAUUAAAUGAUGAGUAAUAUCUCACAUACCCAACUACAGUUGUACGGAAACAGAGAGCAGGUUGUUGUGAGAGAGGCUAAAAGCGUAUCCUGGACACAGUGUGUUUAUGGCUAUAGUAUGAACCUAUAUACUAUUCACGUGCCAUAAAAAAACAAGAUGAGUGGAUCCACUCACGGAAAACUUACUAACAAAGAGCUAACAUGUGAAAGUCAUCAUGUUUCCUGUUUGAUCAGAACAGACGAGACAUUGAGUUGGACUUGGAGGGCAUUUAUCAGACUCACAGUUAUCUUUAUGAAAAGAAAUGAGGGUGUUUUUUAUUUUUGGGGUUUUGCUGGUUCACCAUUUCAGUCUUUAGCUGCCUUUGUCAGACGUAUGAGUUAAGUGAGCCAUUAGGUGUGUGUGUUUGUGUGUGUGUGUGAGAGAGAGACAGAGAAAGGGUGCCAUAAACAUGAAUGACACCCUCCCAUUUCUCUAUCCCUCUGUCUUUUAGAAGUUGUGGUUUAUGCGUUUUUACCUGAGCUCCUCUCAUGAUCACAAACAAUAAUGUCAAUGAUUGUCAGUGUCUUUGUGACGGAAGAGGAGUUGGAAUCACACACGCUUAAUUGCUACCAACUCCCUUGCGAGUCGUUAAUCAGUAAAAGAUUCAGGAGAAGUAACAGUAUUUCUUUUUCAGUGAUGUUCAGAUGUGAGUCAGUGAAGAAACUAUGUACAUGUGUAAAACAUUUGCGGCGAUUUCAACCGAAGGCAAAUAUGUUCUUAUUUCCGUUCAAUAUUGUUCUUGAUGACUAUGAUAUCCUCUCGUCGCAGUCCUAUAUUUGAUAGUGAUGGCCUCUCAACUGAAGGCUCUUGUAUGUUAAAAACAACAAAUGUUUCAUGAUACAUGGUUGUGUAUCAUAUUGUGAUUGUGUUGUACAUGUCAAUGGGUAGCCACAUGACAUGGGCAAACAGCAUUAACUGAGGAGGAUAUUUUGUACUUGUGUAUAUGUCUGUAUCUUGAAUUGAUCUGAAAAACCAAACAGAGGAUUAUUGAUAUCUAUUUCUCACACAUCAGGCCUUUAUGAACACGAGCAUUAACACUUAGAAAGCGUUGCGCCUUGACCAUGUUGACGUCACUCCCACAUGAAAUAUGCACAGCGACACAUACGCUCAAAACCUGAGAAAAUAAUACCUUAAUCUAUCUGCAUUGCUAGUCAUUUCUGCUGAGGCAUUUCUUCAGUUUAAAUUGCCUUCAAACCCAUUUUCUCUUCCACCACACCCGACCUGAAAUCCCUAAAGCAGUGCCAUGCAGAUUUUCGAAAUUACACAUGAUUUGAUUGAAUGAGGUGUCUUAAACAUGUAAGAAAAAAUAAAUGACUCUCCUAUCUCUGUACCGUUAAUGAGAUUUGUGUUCAGUGCAGUUCUUUCAAUGGCAGAGAAAUAAAAUCGCAAAAAAACUAAAACAAAAGGAAAUAAUAACAAAAAAAAUUCUGACUUCUACUGACAGGGUGUUUUGUUAGUAUGUUUUCGGUUUGUAUGUUUUUGGUUUUUAUAUUACCUGUACAGUUCAAUCUUGGGAGGAAGGUGAAACAAAAAAUGAUAAAAGAUAAAGACAUUCUCGGGAUAUUUUUCUCUGUAUAUGUUGUACCUGUUACUGCUGGUACUGUAUUCUGGUAUUCUGGCUCUGUCUAAAUCACUGGGACUCUGUAGUUCCUAACACUGUAGUGUCCUGGAAAAGCAUUUCUCUGUUUUUCUCAAUGAUGGCAGCAAAGUUUGUCUUAUUUAAAUGGAUUCUACCACUUUUUGUUCUUAUUGAUAUUAUACUAGUGUAAUAGAAAU